GUGAACAACGCGGGCCUCGCGCUCGACGGCGCGACGCUCCGCGGCGGCGACGACGCGGCCAUCGCCGCGACCUUCGGGGUCAACGCCCUCGCGCCGGCGACCUGGACGCGCGCCUACCUCGCCGCCCUCGAGGCCGCGGAGGCGCCCGCGGGCCACGUGCUCCACGUGAGCUCCAUGUCCGCGCACCGGCCGCCGAGCGCCGCGGACCUCGGCGUCUACGCGGCGUCCAAGGUCGCGCUCAAGGCCCUCGCCGACGCGGCGCGCGCCGAGCUCCGGGCCGCGAAGCGGCCCUACCGCGUCUCCUGCCUCUCGCCGGGCCUCGUCGAGACGGACUUCUACGUCGCCAAGGCGGGGCCGCACGCCGCGGGCCUCGUCUACGCGGCCGCGGAGACGCUGGCCGCGCGGGACGUCGUCGACGCGGCGCUCUUCCUCCUGACGGCGCCGCCCCACGUCGAGGUCGCGGACCUCCUCAUCAACCCCGUC